GGUCCUCACAAACUCUUUACCAUUCACCAAGACAGGCAAAAGGGAAAAGAUGUCGACAGUUUCACCCUCCUCGCAACUAGUUCAGGUGGUUCCAGACAACAAGAACAACACUGGCGACUCCUCUGAUAAGGUCAAGUACGAAGAUCUUGUCCUUAACCCGGACAUCUUCCUGGAACAUCUCAGAGCUCUGCUCGGAAUGCUGGGGAACCCACUCAAGGUUCCUACUGUGGGAGGGAGCUCUCUGGACCUGCAUCGGCUUUUCGUGGAGGUUACAUCUCGUGGUGGGAUUGCAAAGGUGAUUAAGGAUCGGAGAUGGAGGGAAGUGAUCGGUGCAUUCAACUUUCCCAACACAAUCACAAGUGCGUCGUUUGUGCUGAGGAGGUACUACUUCAAGUUCCUUUUCCAGAUGGAGCAUGUGUAUUACCUCGACCAAUCUGUUUCUACUAUGAAAUCAGCAGAGGAAGCAAUGCAUAGCCUGUCCCUAAACCUCGAGGAAGGAGGCGCUGAUGAACCGGGAAUUGGGAGUGUGGUAAACGGAGUCAUUGAUGCGAAGUUCGAAGGUGGAUAUCUGGUGACGAUGAAAGUGGGUUCUAAAGUGAUGAAAGGAGUGCUUUACCAUGGUGUUAAAAGGCCAAGUCAGCAGCCACAACAAACCAUGGGAACACCACCUUCAGGCAUGGCACUAGCAUCGCAGCGCCGAGCUAAGAAGAAAGCAAGAGGUGCAGCUGAAGUUGAUUCUCAGAAACCCAAAUGCCACAGGAGUGGCUACAACUUCUUCUUCGCUGAGCAGUACGCUAGGCUCAAACCUGAGUACCAUGGCAAAGAAAGGUUCAUCACCAAGAUGAUUGGACGCAUGUGGGGUGAUCUCUCCGAGUCUGAAAAACAGGUUUAUCAAGACAAAGGAGUUAAGGAUGUGGAGAGGUACCGAACUGAGAUGAUGGAGUACAAGUCUGCGCAUGAAGCUGGAGCUUCUGCUUCUGCUGCAGCCGCCACCGUGGCUCAGUAGUCUUUUUUCCCUUUAUGUUGUUGUCUUCUUUCUCUCUCUCUGGACAAGUUCUCUUUCUUUAUUUCUCUCCCUGGACAAGUUCUCUUUCUUUUAUAAUGGAUUUUAUGUGUUCUGAUCAGUUGCAGAGCAUGCCAUGUUUAUGGUUUUAGGAUUAGUAAAGAGGUUGCUAACUGCGUUAAUGUUUUUCUUCUAUGUUUUGUUUAAUGAUCAUAUACCAUCAGUUUUUCUU